AUGGCGGCGGCGCCAAGCGCAGAAAGCGCAGCAGAGACUGCCGGUGGGAGGCCCGCAUGCACGCACCAGGAGACCGGGACACCCACGCGGGGACGCAGGCAGAGACGAGCCGGUGCGGCGCAACGAGGCGACCGCGCCCAAAGGAGGGGACGCGAGGGGGAGGUCGAGGAAGAGCACGUGACGAGAAGAGACCCACAAGGCACGGCGGGCAGAGAGGAUUUAGCCAGAACCGCGCCAGCGGGCAAAGACAACAAAAAAAGCAACCAGCCGGGGACCGGGAGCAAAUCGCGGGGAGAAGAAGCACGAAGAAAAAGGCGCGGCGUGGGGACAUGA